AUGACAUAUAACUUUGAAAAAAUCCUUGGUAAAGGAGGAUUUGGAAUGGUCUAUCAUGGAACUGUAAAUGGUACUGAACAAGUAGCUGUUAAAGUGGAACUUCUUCCCAGAGUUCACCACAAAAAUUUAGUUCGCCUCGUCGGAUAUUGUGAUGAAGGAGAAAAUUUAGCUCUCAUAUACGAAUACAUGGCUAACGGAGACUUGAGAGAACAUAUGUCGGGAAAACGAGGUGGAUCUAUUCUGAAUUGGGAAACUAGACUAAAAAUAGUCGUCCAAUCUGCACAAGGUUUGGAAUACUUGCAUAAUGGAUGUAAACCACCUAUGAUUCAUAGGGAUGUCAAAACCACAAACAUAUUAUUGAAUGAGCAUUUUCAGGCUAAGUUAGCUGAUUUUGGACUUUCAAGAUCUUUUCCAGUUGAAGGAGAAACUCAUGUGUCCACGGUCGUUGCUGGAACCCCUGGAUACCUUGAUCCAGAGUAUUAUCGAACAAACUGGUUGAACGAAAAAAGUGAUGUUUAUAGCUUCGGAAUUGUACUAUUAGAGAUCAUCACAAAUCAGCCUGUAAUCAAUCAGAAUCGUGAAAAACCAUAUAUUGCAGAAUGGGUUGGGGUAAUGCUUACAGAAGGAGACAUCCAAAACAUUGUGGAUCCAAAACUCCAUGGAGAUUAUGACUCUGGUUCUGUUUGGAGAGCAGUUGAACUAGCAAUGUCGUGUCUAAAUCCUUCGUCAGCUAGAAGACCAACUAUGUCUGAAGUCGUUACCGAAUUAAACGAGUGCUUAGCAUAUGAAAACUCAAGGGAAGGAACAAGCCAAAACAUGACUCACAGAGUUCUAUAG